AUGCCUAUCCCCGACGUCAAGAACGAUCCUUCAAAAGUCCAGCUUGUCCGCUUGGGCCACGUCUACUUCGAGCAUCCGGAUCUGAACAAGUUUGCAAAGUUCGCCAGAGACUUUGGAUUCAUCGAGGAGAAGAGGGUUGGCGAUACCGUGUAUUACUGUGGAUAUGGACGUGAUCCAUACGUAUAUGUGGCGACAAAAGCCAAGUCCGGGAAACCAAAGUUCAUGGGUGCUGCUUUCGUCGCCAGAGAUCAAACAGAGUUCGAUAAAGCUUCCAGAAUCCCCGGUGCGACGGUCAAGAGCCUCGAUCAGGCGCCUGGAGGCGGACAAUUGAUCACAAUCGCUCGUCCGAACGGGACAUAUGUCCAUAUCGUGUAUGGCCAGGAAGAACGGAAGGUCAACACUGGAAAGACAGAGCCCACAGCAACGCAUGACUCACAAGGUCCAUACAACAGCCCCUUCGAGAAGAAGAGACUCGGCCAAUUCCAGCGAUACCACGAAGGGCCUGCUCUUGUCCACAAGCUGGGCCAUUUGGGAUAUGUGUGCAAGGAGUUCGACGACGAAUUGAACUUUUACACUUCCAACUUCAAUCUCGUCCACUCGGACAUCCUGUGGCAUCCGCAAUUCUCCAACGUCGAUGUACUGACCUUCAUGCACAUCGAUCUCGGAAAGGAGUAUUCAGACCACCACAUUAUGUUUCUGCAGCGAGCGCCCCCCGAGGUCAAGGAAACAUAUAUCCACCACAGCUCGUUCGAAGUUGCCGACUUCGACACCCAAUUGAUCGGUCACGAGUGGCUAGCGAAGAACAAGUGGAAGAGUGUUUGGGGAGUGGGCAGGCAUAUCCUAGGCAGUCAGAUCUUUGACUAUUGGCAAGACGUCAGUGGUUUCAAGAUUGAACAUUAUGCUGAUGGCGACGUGGUGAAUGAAGACACCGCCACUCGCAGGGAAGUGGCGGGACCGAUAUCUGUCUGGGGUCCCGAGUUGCCAAAGGAUUUCGGAGAGGACGCCACCAAGAUAUCUUUCCAGUAG